UUAACUUGAAUUGUUUGGUUCCUUCCCACACCAGAUUUCUUCACCUGCAAAGCAAAUGAACUUCUUGAAGGUCCUGUUCCACUGCUUCAUACCUUUUGCUGUCGCAUAUGCAUCAUCUGAUUGCCAAUAUUAUUCUUGGUGCAGCGCCAACAACAUCCUUAUUCGUUUUCCCUUCCAAAUAGAAGGUCAGCAACAUCCUUAUUGUGGCUAUCCUGGUUUCAAACUAUCUUGUUCCAAUGAUAGCAAAACAGUUAUAACACUUCCUUACAUGGGAAAGUUCUUUGUCCGCAACAUUAACUACCUCAGACAACAGAUGCAAGUGUACGACCCAGAUGAUUGCCUUCCAAAACGUCUUCUAAGCCUCAACCUUUCAGCUUCUCCCUUCAUUGUAACUUCACAACGUAACUACACCCUCUUAAGCUGCCCAACUCGUCACACAGGGUCGCAGUUCAUUCCCAUUAACUGUCUUAGCAAUUCAACGUCUUUUGUUUCAGCUAUUCCUUCACUGAACUUCACUUCAUUGCCCGAGUCUUGCCAUGUUGUAAAGAAACUAUCAUUUCCAGUUGCAUACCAGGAAAAUUUCAGUGAUGAUCUCCUUCGUGGAGAUCUUCUAUUAACAUGGUAUUCACCUGACUGUAGAUAUUGCGAAUCACAACAAGCUCUGUGCGGAUUUGAUGUGAGCAUAAACAGUGGUCAAGUUGGUUGUUUCUUUGAUGACCAAACGGCACGUCAAGAUCAUGGUCUUCGAGUUUUUGGAAUCAUCACAUUAUCCAUCGUUGGACCAGCUAUCGUGUGUGCCAUUGCAAUGACAUGCUACGGCACCCUCAAGUACAGAAGAGGCAACACAGCGAGAAUUGCUGCAGCACAGAGGUCUGCAGCAACUGAAAUACCGGAAUCUGGCACCGUUAGGAUGGGUCUGGAUGAGUCUACAAUCGAGUCGUAUCAGAAACUGGAGUUAGGGGAGAGCCGAAGAGUGCCAGGACCCAAUGAGGGAUGUUGCACCAUAUGUCUGUCAGAGUAUAAAACCAAAGACACAAUAAGAUGCAUUCCUGAAUGCGCACAUUGCUUCCAUGCUCACUGCAUCGAUGAAUGGCUUCGCAUCAACACUACAUGCCCUCUUUGCCGCAACUCUCCCUCUACAGUUCUAGCUAUGUCCAGUGAUCAUUGAUUCCUAGGAAACUGUUGUUCCUUGUUUACUUCGAAUACAUAUAUCGUAUAGGUGAUAAAUGUUCCGCGUAAGAAAUUUAAACAAGAAAUAAAUAACUGAAGAAAUCUGUAAUCACUCUCAGAAUAUUGGUGUCAUUCAUGGUGAUGCAGUGAGAAAUGUUUUUGUCUGAGAAUAAUCAGCUGGAUUGCAUUGUGAAUUCAA